UAACUGUGAUGUUCUACUGUCUCUGUGUGCUUGAUACUGUACAGAGAAAAUAACCCUGAUCACAGCUGAUACAGACUAAUGCUCAUCGCACUGCUUGAGUUAUUGACCUCAUCUCAACAAAACUUCUGCAACAAGAAUGGACCAUGACUGGCAUGGCAGCAAGAGAAGUGGUCACCGCAGUAAACACCAUGAUGAUGGUGAUGAGUCAGUCUACAUUGGUGUUCCGGUUCCACAGGGCUACAGAAGAAAGCGAAGACGUCACAGGCACACGUCACGGAAUUCCCAUGACCACGAUGGCCAGGACAGACACCACAAUCGUCAUGGUCACCUGGAUCGAGAGGAACCAUGUGACCCAGGUGAAGGGGACCAGGACUCCAACGAGCAGUUCUCUGACAUCAACUCCAACAUGUCCCCCGCAGCAGAGAGACUGCGGCACAUCCUCAGUGAGGAAGAUGAGCCCACACCCACACUCUUCACUGAGAUGGACACACUGCAGCAUGAGGAUGGAGAGAUGGAGUGGAAAGAGUCAGCCAGGUGGGUUAAGUUUGAAGAAAAGGUGGAGGAGGGUGGAGAGAGAUGGAGCAAGCCACAUGUGUCCACACUGUCUCUGCACAGUCUAUUUGAGCUGCGCACCUGCCUGCAGACGGGCUGCAUACUGCUGGACCUGGAGGGAUACUCACUGCCACAGAUAGUGGAUGACCUCAUAGAGAAGCAGAUACAGGAGGGUCUUGUAGCUCCAGAGAUCCGUGAGAAGAUCAGUUUUGUCCUCCUGCGGAAACACCGUCACCAGACCAAAAAGCCGAUCCACCGCUCGCUGGCCGACAUCGGCAAAUCCAGCCCAUCGAACCGCAGUCCGAGUCCCAGUCCUCGUGCUGGAUCUGGUUUCCACCGUUCCACUGAGGACCUGCGAGCUCGUCAGAGUGGUGGCCUCAGCAGAUUGCAUCCUUCUCAGUGCCGCAGCAUGAAUGAUAUUUCCGAUACACCGAGCACUGACCAGCUAAAGAAUAAAUUCAUGAAGAAGAUCCCCAGAGAUGCCGAGGCAUCUAAUGUGCUGAUUGGAGAGGUGGAUUUUUUAGAAAAGCCGUUCGUGGCCUUCAUCCGUCUGGCUCAAGCCACAACACUUGGAGGCCUUACUGAAGUCCCUGUGCCAACCAGGUUCCUCUUUGUGCUGCUUGGUCCCAAUGGCAAAACCAAGUCCUACAAUGAGAUCGGUCGUGCCAUGGCCACUCUCAUGGUUGACGAUCUGUUCAGUGAUGUGGCCUAUAAAGCCAGAGAUCGUGAAGACCUGAUUGCUGGUAUUGAUGAGUUUUUGGAUGAGGUCAUAGUUCUUCCACCAGGAGAGUGGGACCCCAAGAUCCGCAUCGAACCGCCAAAGAAACUGCCUUCAGUCGAAAUGAGGAAGUCAGUUUUUUCUCUAAAUGAACUUGGGCAGCCGAAUGGGAACGCAGGAGGAGGUGCAGCAUCUGCCGAAGAUGAGGAGAUGCCGGCUCCUCAUGAACUUGGAGAGGAGCUGAAGUUCACUGGCCGAUUUUGUGGAGGACUAUGGCUGGACAUCAAGCGGAAGAUGCCUUGGCUGCUCAGUGAUUUCUAUGAGGGCUUCCACAUCCAGUCUAUUUCCGCUGUGCUCUUCAUCUACCUGGGCUGCAUCACAAACGCCAUAACCUUUGGUGGACUUCUGGGGGACGCGACAGACAACUACCAAGGUGUGAUGGAAAGCUUUCUGGGCACGGCGUUGGCAGGUGCGGUCUUCUGCUUGUUUGGCGGUCAACCGCUCAUCAUUCUCAGCUCAACAGGACCCAUACUGAUCUUUGAGAAGCUGCUCUAUGAAUUCAGCAAGAACAAUGAAAUUGACUACAUGGAGCUUCGGCUUUGGAUCGGCUUACACUCAUGCCUGCAGUGUUUGAUCCUGGUGGCCACAGAUGCCAGCUACAUCAUCAAAUACAUGACACGCUUCACUGAAGAAGGCUUCUCCAGCUUGAUCUCCUUCAUCUUCAUUUCUGAUGCCCUCAAGAAGAUGGCGGGAUCCUUUAACUAUUACCCCAUCGAUCGAGACUUCAAACCAGAUUACAUCACUACCUACAGGUGUGACUGCCAGCCUCCAGGUCAAGGUCUUGAGAACAUCACUGAUUAUGCUUUGUUCAACUUCACGGCUCUGGACUGGAGUCAGCUGAAUAAGAAAGACUGUCUGAAGUUCGGUGGUUCCCUGGUGGGCAAAUCCUGCAAAUACGUGCCUGAUCUGGCACUCCUGUCUUUCAUCCUGUUCAUUGGCACUUACUCCAUGACCAUCUCACUUAAGAAGUUCAAGGCUAGCCGUUACUUCCCCACAAAGCUUCGGAAGCUCAUCAGUGAUUUUGCAAUCUUCACAUCAAUCAUGACAUUUGUUGGUCUUGAUAUGUUUAUGGGGCUUAAAACACCUAAACUGAUUGUGCCAACUGAAUUUAAGCCCACUCGGUCAGACCGUGGGUGGAUUGUCAUGCCUUCUGGGAAGAACCCCUGGUGGAUAUGUGUGGCAAGCUUUGUGCCCGCACUGCUGGUCACCAUCCUCAUUUUCAUGGAUCAGCAGAUCACUGCCGUCAUCGUCAACCGCAAAGAAAAUAAGCUAAAGAAAGGUUGUGGUUAUCACCUGGAUCUGUUCUGGGUGGGCAUCCUCAUGGCUGUUUGUUCCUUCAUGGGUUUACCCUGGUACGUGGCUGCUACCGUCAUUUCAAUCGCACACAUUGACUCUCUAAAGAUGGAAAGCGAGUCCAGCGCACCUGGUGAGCAGCCACAGUUCCUUGGUGUGCGGGAACAGAGGCUAACUGGUACAUUAGUGUUUGUCCUUACCGGAGUGUCAGUCUUUCUUGCACCAGUACUGCAGUACAUCCCAAUGCCUGUCUUGUAUGGUGUGUUCCUAUACAUGGGUGUCGCCUCUCUCCAUGGAAUUCAGUUUUGGGAAAGGAUAAAGCUGUAUCUGAUGCCAGCCAAACACCAGCCUGAUUUUGUGUUCCUGCGGCACGUACCCCUGCGCCGCGUGCACCUCUUCACACUGGUGCAGGUCACCUGUUUAGCCGUUCUCUGGAUCCUCAAGUCCACCAUGGCUGCAAUCAUUUUCCCAGUCAUGAUUCUUGGCCUAAUGGUUGUGAGGAAGAUGUUGGAUCUGGUCUUCUCCCAGCAUGAUCUGGCCUGGCUGGAUGAUAUCCUACCUGACAAGGACAAGAAGAAGAAAGAGGACGAGAAGAAAAAGAAAGAGAAGAAGAAAGCAAAAGCAGAGGAACACAACAACAGCGAUGAAGAGUGUUGCUGAGAAGGCACUGUAUAAAAUUUUACUAUUUUUUGUAUGUGUCUAUCCCUCAAUUUUAUUCUGUUGUGCAACACCUGCAUGGUCAAUUUAGUAGUUGUUUUGAGACAGAUGUGACAUUAGUCUUGGUUGUAGGGCUGGGUAAAUAUAUCGAUUUUCCGAUGCAUCACGAUCUUCAUUUGAAUGAUCUCGAUAUCGAUUCUUAAAUCCCAAUUUUGUAGUGGUUUAGCACUUGUUCUGCUACAUUGAUCAAUGUAAAAACAGUACUUGUUGGCCUGAGUAGCUCAGCGAGCAAAGAUGCUAACUACUACCCCUGGAGUCACGAGUUCAAAUCCAGGGCAUGCUGAGUGACUCCUAAGUCUCCUAAGCAACCAAACUGGCCCGGUUGCUAGGGAGGGUAGAGUCACAUGGGGUAACCUCCUCGUGUUCGCUAUAAUGUGGUUCGCUCUCGGUGGGGCGCGUGGUGAGUUGAGCGUGGAUGCCGUGGAGAAUGAAGCCUCCACACGUGCUAUGUCUCCGCGGUAGUGCGCUCAACAAAUCAUGUGAUAAAAUGCAUGGAUUGACGGUCUCAGACACGGAGGCAACUGAGAUUCGUCCUCCACCACCCGGAUUGAGGCGAGUCACUACGCCACCACGAGGACUUAGAGCGCAUUGGGAAUUGGGCAUUCCAAAUUGGGGAGAAAAGGGGAGAAAAUAAUAAUAAUUAAAAAAAUUAUAGUUAAAAAGUACUUAAAUAUUUAUCUUUUUCGUGCCAAAGUGAUCGUGUCGCUUUAGAGGACAUUCAUUUAACAGCUGGAGUCAUAUCGAUGACGUUUAUACUGACUGUCUGUGAUUUUUGGAGCUUCAAAUGAGAAAUCUCCAUUCACUUGCAUUUUAAGGACCUACUGAGCUAAGAUAUUUUUCUAUUUUUCUUCAAAUUUGUUCUGGUGAAGAAAGAAAGUCAUACACACCUGAGAUAUCAUCAGGGUGAGUAAAUAAUGAGAGAAUUUUCAUUUUUGGGUGAACUAUCCCUUUAAAUUAAGUGUUUUCAUUUUAGUUUUCAUUAACAACACUGAGAGCUUGUGAAUCAAAAUCGAAUUUGGAAAUCUCUGUCAAUACCCAGCCCUACUUUUUUUUGUCCUUCCCAUAUUGUACACACUGUAUGAUGUGUUUGCAUGAAAUAUUUGUUUAUCAAGCGUCCAAAAUUAAUGUUUCGACAGUUCGCCCCUGCUGGUAGUUGCCGUAACUACACCAUAUGUGGACAAAAAGCAUCUUUCUCCAUUGAUGGCCAUUCUAAAGUAGCCAUGUUCUGACUAUGUAAAUAAUGCGAAGUAGCCAGCAAUUAAAGAUAAUUUUGGACCCUGGUUACAUCCCUUUCCAAAAUGUACCUGCAUGCCAAUUGUUUGUUGCAAUGGUGUCUUUUCCCUCAGUCAAUGUGUCCCAAAGUAGCCUAUCUCUUUCCUCUGGAGCCGAUGAAUCCAUCCAUGCAGCCACAGUCUUCCCCAAACACCCCUAAUUCUGACCCCUCAGCCUCCAACUAAAAGAAGUAUCACCUAUAUUUUACCUGCAGUCAUGGUGGGGUUGAUGCAGACGACAGAUUCUGUGUUCUUACUGCAACCUGAAGUGUCUACCUGAAACCUAUAGUACUCCAAAAACAGUGGAUCCAAUAACAUUAACACUCAAUGAAACCGACACAAACCAUAUUUGUCCUCGCACUUACAGUGAGGUGUAAUCUGAGUCACAAGCACAGCAUCAUUUGCAGUUUUUCCAAACACACUAGACACACAGAUGUAUGAUAUUUUAUGUAUGUUACAAACGCAGUAACUGACGCACAUUUUCAAACCCACAUUGACCAUAUUGUGUGUGAGUCAGUCAAACCUUGGAUUUCUCUCAAGAUUCUUCAAGAUCUGUGCCAGUUUGGCAUAAGAGCUGCCAAGCUCACUCACAUAGAUCAUUUGCUGUGUGUCUGAGUUUACAAAAGAUUCAAUAAAUGAACAAAAAAGGUUCACAUACAGUAUGCGUGCUAUGGUUUAAACACAGUAAGAUUGAUUCAGUUGUUUUGGAAUCUGCUAAGUGAGGACCUGGAAAGAAAAAUCUUUUUUUUUUUUUUUUUUUUUUUUAAUCUAAAAAAAGUUGGUUUCAUUAUCAUACUGUAUAAAUAUAUUUGCACUGUAUGAUAUUAAAUAUGCAUUUCAUAGAAUCUAGUGUGACACAAGCACAAAUGAAUUGAAUUAUAGUUAGAAACAAUAAGUGUAUCUAGCUAGUGGAAUUUCUUUGAACUAAACUUUUAUUGAAUUUCAAUUUUAAAAAUAUCCCAGUUGGAUUUUCGAUAUAGAUUUUGAUUUAUUACUGUAGCAUUUUAUACUCAUAAAUCAGAUACAUUCAGAAAUGUUCAAAUGUUUUCAGACAGUCAUAAAGGAGUAUAUGUCGCUAUGUCCAUGAGAACAAUGCACGGGUUUUGUUUAAUUGAGAUUCUGUUUGUUCAUUUGUGUUCUGUUCAAAUAAAAAAGGAAA